AUGACAAAGGGUGAAUCACAAGAAUGGGACGACCUCAUCAAAUGGUUGGAAGAGAAACAUCCUGGAUUCGAGAGGAAUCUAUCAUUGAGGGAUGUACCGGGUCUCGAAAGAGGUCUGGUAACCUCCAAGAAGCUCAAAAAAGGCGAUAUCCUCUUCCAUAUCCCAUCAUCAUGUAUGCUCAACCCUUUAACGCUCCUGCCAAACUCACCAAUACCCUCUCAUCUCUUCCCUCAGACCACAUCCAAGUCAGUCUCAACGUCUUCUCUUACUCCAAUACAGAAAAAACCUCGAAUAGGUAAUCCACCUCGUAAAUUAGACACCACCCAGCUUCUCACCCUACACCUAGCCUUGACGAAAGAUCCGAAAGGGAGGUACAAGAGCGACUGGCAGGUAUAUAUCGAUAGUCUACCUAUAUCAUUCAGACCAUGGCAUCCCCUAACUUGGAUCGUGAGCCCUUCUGAUAAGGCCCAAAAGGAAGAAUGGGAAUGGUGGAAUUAUUUGUAUGCGAUUGGAUUAUCGGGAUCGACGAAAAUGAAAGUGCAAGAUGUCAAGAAUCGGUUUGAGAGGGACUAUGAGGUGUUGAGCGAUGUGUUGAAGGAGGAAGAACCUUUCAAAAGUCAGGGAUUAGACGGGAUGAUAAGUGAAGAACACAUACUCUGGGCAUGGUUGAACGUAAACACCAGAUCCAUUUCCAUCCCUCUCGGUCUACCAGGACCAUCGGAGCGAAACAACCAUACCCUCGUCCCCUUAAUGGAUUUUAUUAAUCACUCAUCUAACGAAUCACUCAUCACACCUAAAGUCAAACAAUUACCUACACCUUCUUCAUCACGUACGCGCAAACCAUCAGUAACCGCAAAAUCAAAUACGAAUGGAUCACCUUCUUCUCCUCUACCCAGCAAAACCAAUGGGCACACCGACGCCAGCAUCGGAAUUAAACAUAACGCAGUACUAUUACCCAAUAAGAUAGAUUUCCAGUUGAGUUGUCCAGAUAGAGGAUUGGAUGCGAAUGACGAAGUGCUCUUCGAAUAUGGUGGUCAUUCAAGCUCGACGUUAUUUGCGGAAUAUGGGUUCUGCGAAGUACCUAAAUCACCUAUACCUCAAACAAAUGGCUGGCUGGAUAUGAAAUAUGGUGAAGUCGACUUGACAUCAUACAUCAACGAACUAUGGGAUCAGCAAGAUCAAGAAGAUAAGGAAGAGAAAAGGCAAGUGUUGGAGGAUAUAGGCUGUUGGGGAGGAAAUACACUUCACGCUCAACCAUCCCCUUGUCAUCCCUCACAUUCACUCUUGAUGACUAUCCGAUUACUUCACUUACCCACUUCUUCACCUAAAUUACCCAAUAUAUCAAAAGGACUGAUAACGUAUAUAUCACCUCAGAACGAAACUUCCACUCUAUUGACUUUAGAAGGGAUCUGUAAGAGGGUAGUCAAGGAAGCUACGAAGCGCGAUAAGGUGCUGGAGAAGCUAGUCAAGGAAGAGAAGAAUAAUGAGAAAGUGGGUGUGAUAGGGAUGUUAAGGGCUAUGUGCGAUGAGGAGAAGGUGAUAUGUGGAGAGGUGUUGAGAAGGCUGGAAAAGGGCGAUGAUUUUCAAUAG